AUGUAUGUUCAAUUACCCUUCGACGACUUUAAAGUUGAUCCCACCCAGAAAAAGCGAGUUGCUUACUUUUAUGAUGCUGAUGUCGGUAACUAUGCCUACGGUGCUGGGCACCCUAUGAAGCCUCACAGAAUAAGAAUGGCACAUUCACUUAUCAUGAACUAUGGAUUAUACAAGAAAAUGGAGAUUUAUCGUGCCAAGCCGGCAACAAAACAGGAAAUGUGCCAAUUUCAUACUGAUGAAUAUAUUGACUUCUUGAGUCGAGUGAACCCUGAUAAUUUAGACAUGUUUUCCAAAGAACAAAUAAAAUUUAACGUGGGAGAUGAUUGUCCAGUUUUUGAUGGUUUAUUUGAAUACUGUGGGAUUUCAGGCGGUGGAUCGAUGGAAGGAGCUGCUAGGUUGAACAGGGGAAAAUGUGAUGUCGCUAUAAAUUAUGCCGGUGGAUUACAUCAUGCGAAGAAAUCUGAAGCCUCGGGAUUUUGUUAUUUAAAUGAUAUUGUUUUAGGUAUUAUAGAGCUACUCAGAUACCAUCCGAGAGUUUUGUAUAUCGACAUUGAUGUUCACCACGGUGAUGGGGUUGAGGAAGCAUUUUAUACCACCGAUAGGGUUAUGACCUGCUCGUUCCAUAAAUAUGGAGAGUUUUUCCCGGGUACCGGAGAAUUAAGAGAUAUUGGUGUUUCCAAGGGUAAAUACCAUGCGGUGAAUGUUCCAUUGAGGGACGGUAUUGAUGAUGCUACGUACAAAUCGAUUUUCGAGCCAUUAAUAUCUAAAAUCGUGGAAUGGUAUCAACCAUCUGCUAUAGUUUUGCAAUGUGGUGGAGACUCUUUAAGUGGUGAUAGGCUAGGAUGCUUCAAUUUAUCUAUGAGAGGACACGCAAAUUGUGUUAAUUUUGUUAGAUCUUUUAAUAUCCCAAUGAUGGUCGUCGGUGGAGGUGGUUACACUAUGAGAAACGUUGCUCGUACGUGGGCAUUCGAGUCAGGUUUAUUAAAUAAUGUAAUACUACCUUCAGAACUCCCAUACAACGAAUAUUACGAAUAUUAUGGUCCAGAUUACAAAUUAGACGUUAGGCCAUCUAAUAUGUACAAUGCAAACUCGCCAGAAUUUUUGAAUAAAAUUUUAAUGAGUAUAAUAUCUAAUUUAGAAAAUACUAAGCAUGCUCCUUCGGUUCAAAUGAACCACGUUCCGAAUGACCCAGAAGAUUUGGGAGAUGAGGAAGAGGAUACACCCGCUGCAAUAGAUACUAAAGGAGGAUCACAACAGGCUCGCGAUGAGCUAAUUGAGCCCGACAAUGAAUUCUACGAUGAUGAUGAGAAAGAUCAUGGAGAAAGGAACAUACAUAAUAAUGGUGCAAGUUCACAUUCGGAACCAGACUCACAGUCAAAUGGAAAUAACCCUUUAACAGACCAAGAAAUGAAAGAAAUUGAUGAUUUGAAUCAAGAUUCUAGUUAA